AUGGCCGACCAGAUCGAGCAACGAUUGAUGUCAUCGCAGUCGCACACACAACAGAACAAAGUCGACAUGGACAGCCUUGAAUCGAAAGCAGAACCCAUCCUGGCCUUGGAACCGUCACCUAAGAGUGCCACGGUGCAUAACGAUGGAACCGAAGAUGGCAUUAGAUAUGUGUAUCUGACUUUCGACACCGAAAUUCCCCUCGAGAGGCUCAGUCCUUCGGAGGACUCCUCAAUUCCUCCUCCAGACCUUCGACGAUAUGAGUCGCCGCUCACGUGGUCCUCGACGCAUAAGACCAUCGUCCUGAUAUUGUCAUGUUGUUGUACCUUUCUUGCCGCAUACAGUGCUGGCUCAUACUCGAUCGCCGCAGGGCCUCAACGAGCAAAAUGGAGCCUGUCCGGUGUCGCCUUUAACACUGGGGUCACCACUUGGGCAAUGGGGUUUGCGUGCUCUCCAAUGUUCCUGGCGCCAUUUUCCGAGAUCAAUGGUCGGCGACCGGUCUUCAUCGGAUCGGCCGUCAUGUUUCUGGCAGGUCUUAUUGCGUGUGCAACUACACCGUCGUUUGCUGGAAUGUUGGUUGCUCGAUUCUUCGUCGGGGCUGGAGCGUCCACCUUUGCGACCAUGGUGGGCGGAGUGGUUUCCGACCUGUACAAUGCUGAACAUCGCAACACUCCCAUGGCCAUUUACAGUGGUUCGGCACUGACCGGCACAGGGAUAGGACCCUUGUGCUCUGGCUUCAUCAUUGGACGCGCGAGUUUUCGUUGGGUGUACUAUCACCAAAUUAUGGCUCUCGGCGUGGUGCUCGUGGUGGUUUAUCUCUUCUUCAAAGAAACUCGUGGCUCAGUGCUGCUCAGUCGGAAAGCCAAAGCCUUGAACCAAUAUCUGGCCGAGAUUGAGAAACACCAUCCCGCUGAUGACCAGGUCAAUGAGAAGCCACCAACUCUUUUGCGCAUCCGCUACAAGGUUGCAGCAGACGAGAACCGAUCGUCAUUGGGUCACAUGUUGUACCUGUCAUUGACCAUCCCUUUCAAGCUCCUCGCCACGGAGCCUGUUGUGUUUUUCUUUUCUUUGUGGGUUUCAUUUGCCUGGGCUCUGCUGUACAUGACAUUUUCCGUCAUCCCACUGGUCUUUAGUACCCGACAUCACUUCAACACUGAGCAAAGUGGGGCAGUGUUCUCCGCCAUUUCCAUCGGUACCAUCCUCGCCACCUUCAUAUCGAUAUACCAGGCCAAGAUUGCAAAGCGACACUGGCCAAAACUCGACACCAGUCCGGAAGGACGAUUGUAUUUCGCAUGUCUUGAAUCUGCCCUCCUACCGAUUGGGCUUUUCUGGUUUGGGUGGACGACAUAUUCCUCGGUGCCGUGGAUCUCUCCGAUCCUCGCCAUUGGAUGUGCCGAGAUGGGUAUCUUUGUUAUCUAUCUCGCCGUCUUCAACUAUCUGGCCGAUGUCUACCACCGAUAUGCGUCCUCGGCUCUUGCGGCGCAGAGUUUCAUGCGAAAUCUUCUUGCAGCCGUUUUCCCUCUGUUUACGGACCAGAUGUUCCAGAAUCUCGGCUAUCCUCAAGCCAGCAGCUUGUUGGGAGGAAUUAGUGCUCUGUUGACUUUGGUGCCAUGGGUUCUGCUCUUCAACGGCGAAAGGAUUCGUGCUCGAAGUAAGAUUGCAAGACAAAUCAUGUCUGGAAGUUGA